UCAUGCUGCUGCCAAGUCCAGAGUCUCUCAUGGGUCCCUGUACGGCCUCCCAUUGUUUGCUGCUGUCUCCAUCGCCACACUCUGCCAUGUGCCACUUUCAGGUCUCCUCACACUGCUGGUGUGUUGAGAAUUUUUUGACAUAGGGUGCUGGCAGAUUACGGGCCUCCCAUAGCUGCUGCCAGGCCCCUAAUCUGCCAUGGGCCCCUAUAUACCGCCUCCUCAUGCUGCUGCCAGGUCCAGAGUCUCUCAUGGGUCCCUGUACGGCCUCCCAUUGCUGCUGUCUCCAUCGCCACACUCUGCCAUGUGCCACUUUCAGGUCUCCUCACACACUGCUGGUGUGUUGAAUUUUUUG